CUGCUCUGUACACAGAGGAAUAAGAUAAAAUUGCUUCCUCCUCCUCACGCUGCUACCAAAAAACAGCGAUGGGGAAAAAAAAAUAAUCCUUCAGCCCCUGCCCUGCCUGUGCUGAUAAGAGCAGUGCAAUCCUUUUCUUGACAGAGCCAGGCAAGGCAUUUUCAUUAUUUAGCAAACAAAGCCCUUUCAGAGAUUUCUGCAUUGUGGACGUUUUCUCGGCGGUUUUGCACCAGAUUUGUUGCAGCAGCAAGGCCGGAGAGUUUGCCUCGACUCCCCUCACUACCAAAAUAAAUGAACAGGGCAGGAUUGUUCCACUGAGCAGCCGUGACUGGGGAGAGAAGAAGAAGGAAGGAGAUGGUACGCGCCGACAGCUCUAAACUGAUUGCGGUGAGGAUUGCUAUGUAUGAGAGAGUUCAGGGGGGAAAGAGGAGGAAGUCACAGAGGCAGCCAAGGCUCGCAGGAUGGCAAGAGCCAAGCUGAAGAAUUCCCCUUCAGAGAGCAAUUCCCAUGUCAAAACUGUCCCACCAGGCACGACAGAAGAUGUCCACGGGGUGAGCCCCUUGUUACCGAAUCGGAGGAUGGGAUCCAUGGGGAGUGAUGUCGGACAAAGGGCUCACGCCGAGGAUUUCAGCGUGGAUUCCUCCUUCUCACAGGUGCAGGUCGAGUUCUACGUGAAUGAGAACACCUUCAAGGAGCGGCUGAAGCUCUUCUUCAUCAAAAACCAGCGAUCGAGCCUGAGGAUCCGGCUCUUCAACUUCUCCCUGAAGCUGCUGACGUGCCUGCUGUACAUCGUCCGUGUCCUGCUGGACAACCCCGAGGAGGGCAUCGGCUGCUGGGAAUGUGAAAAGCAGAAUUACACAGCGUUCAACCAGUCCACGAACAUCAACUGGUCCCACAUCUUCUGGGUGGACAGGAAAACCCCUCUGUGGGCAGUGCAGGUCAGCAUCGCUCUCAUCAGCUUCCUGGAGACCAUGCUGCUCAUCUAUCUCAGCUACAAGGGGAACAUCUGGGAACAGAUUUUUCGCAUUUCCUUCAUCCUGGAGAUGAUCAACACGGUGCCAUUCAUCAUCACGAUAUUCUGGCCUCCUUUGAGGAAUCUCUUCAUUCCUGUGUUUCUGAACUGCUGGCUGGCCAAAUAUGCCCUGGAGAACAUGAUUAACGAUCUGCACAGAGCCAUCCAAAGGACGCAGUCAGCGAUGUUCAACCAGGUGCUCAUCCUGAUCUGCACCCUCCUGUGCCUGGUUUUCACGGGGACCUGUGGCAUCCAGCAUUUAGAAAGAGCAGGUGAGAAGCUCUCCCUCUUCAAGUCCUUCUAUUUCUGCAUCGUCACCUUUUCCACCGUGGGCUACGGAGAUGUGACACCAAAGAUUUGGCCUUCCCAGCUCCUCGUGGUGAUCAUGAUCUGCGUGGCCCUGGUGGUGCUGCCUCUCCAGUUCGAGGAGCUCGUCUACCUGUGGAUGGAGCGGCAGAAGUCGGGAGGGAAUUACAGCCGGCACCGCGCGCAGACCGAGAAGCACGUGGUGCUCUGCGUCAGCUCCCUCAAGAUCGACCUCCUCAUGGACUUCCUCAACGAGUUCUACGCCCACCCACGCCUGCAGGAUUACUACGUGGUGAUCCUGUGCCCAACAGAGAUGGACAUCCAGGUGCGGCGCGUGCUGCAGAUCCCGCUGUGGUCCCAGAGGGUGAUUUACCUGCAGGGCUCUGCGCUCAAGGACCAGGACCUCAUGAGAGCCAAGAUGGACAAUGGCGAAGCUUGCUUCAUUCUCAGCAGCCGGAACGAGGUGGACAGGACAGCAGCGGACCACCAAACCAUCCUGAGGGCCUGGGCUGUCAAGGACUUUGCUCCAAACUGUCCUCUCUACGUUCAGAUCUUAAAGCCAGAAAAUAAAUUCCAUGUCAAGUUUGCUGAUCACGUUGUGUGUGAAGAGGAGUGCAAAUAUGCCAUGCUGGCCCUGAACUGUGUCUGCCCUGCCACCUCCACCCUCAUCACGCUGCUGGUGCACACCUCCCGUGGCCAGGAGGGCCAGGAGUCCCCGGAGCAGUGGCAGCGGAUGUACGGGCGCUGCUCGGGCAAUGAGGUCUAUCACAUCCGCAUGGGGGACAGCAAAUUCUUCAUGGAGUACGAGGGGAAGAGCUUCACCUACGCCGCCUUCCACGCACACAAAAAGUACGGCGUCUGCCUGAUCGGCAUCCGGAGGGAGGAGAACAAAAGCAUCCUGCUGAACCCCGGCCCCAGGCACAUCAUGGCAGCGUCGGACACCUGCUUCUACAUCAACAUCACCAAGGAGGAGAACUCUGCCUUCAUCUUCAAGCAGGAGGAGAAGCAGAAGAAGAAGGGAUUUGCGGGCAGCUAUGACGGCCCCUCCCGCCUGCCCGUGCACAGCAUCAUCGCCAGCAUGGGUACAGUGGCCAUGGACCUGCAGAACACUGAGUGCCGCCCUGCCAACAGCAGCAAGCUGGCCCUGCCGGCCGAGAACGGCUCGGGCACGCGCCGGCCCAGCAUUGCCCCCGUCCUGGAGCUGGCUGACACCUCCUCCCUGCUGCCCUGUGACCUCCUCAGCGACCAGUCCGAGGACGAGAUGACACAGUCGGACGAGGAGGGCUCGGCGGUUGUGGAGUACGUGAAGGGCUACCCCCCAAACUCCCCCUACAUCGGGAGCUCCCCGACCCUGUGCCACCUCCUGCCUGAGAAAGCCCCGUUCUGCUGCCUGAGGCUGGACAAGGGCUGCAAACACAACAGCUUCGAGGAUGCCAAAGCCUAUGGCUUCAAGAACAAGCUGAUCAUCGUUUCUGCAGAGACAGCUGGCAACGGGCUCUACAACUUCAUCGUGCCCCUGCGCGCCUACUACCGCUCCCGCAAGGAGCUCAACCCCAUCGUGCUGCUGCUGGACAACAAGCCUGAGCAUCACUUUCUGGAGGCCAUCUGCUGUUUCCCCAUGGUUUACUACAUGGAGGGCACCAUUGACAACCUGGACAGUUUGCUGCAGUGUGGCAUCAUCUACGCCGACAACUUGGUGGUGGUGGACAAGGAGAGCACCAUGAGUGCUGAGGAGGACUACAUGGCAGAUGCCAAGACCAUUGUCAACGUGCAGACCAUGUUCAGGCUCUUCCCCAGCCUCAGCAUUAUCACGGAGCUGACCCACCCCUCCAACAUGAGAUUCAUGCAGUUCAGAGCCAAGGACAGUUACUCUCUGGCCCUUUCCAAGCUAGAAAAGAGAGAGCGAGAGAAUGGCUCCAACCUGGCCUUCAUGUUCCGGCUGCCCUUCGCAGCAGGGAGGGUUUUCAGCAUCAGCAUGUUGGACACGCUGCUCUACCAGUCGUUCGUGAAGGAUUACAUGAUCACCAUCACUCGGCUGCUGCUGGGCCUCGACACCACGCCGGGCUCCGGGUACCUCUGUGCGAUGAAGAUCACUGAGGAUGACCUGUGGAUCCGGACGUACGGCCGCCUCUUCCAGAAGCUCUGCUCCUCCAGCGCCGAGAUCCCCAUCGGCAUUUACAGGACGGAGUCGCACAUGUUCGCCACCUCCGAGCCCCACGACAUCAGAGCGCAGUCACAGAUCUCAAUCAAUGUUGAGGACUGCGAGGACACCAAGGACGUCAAGGAGCACUGGGGCAUCAAGACGAGCCACCACCGCAACUCGUGUUCCAGCGACCAGUCCGAGCACCCUCUGCUGCGGCGCAAGAGCAUGCAGUGGGCACGGCGGCUCAGCAGGAAGGGCAACAAGCACUCCAGCAAGACGGCCGAGUGGAUCAGCCAGCAGCGCCUCAGCCUCUACCGGCGCUCCGAGCGCCAGGAGCUCUCCGAGCUCGUCAAAAACCGUAUGAAGCACCUGGGCUUGCCCACCACCGGCUACGAGGAUGUAGCAAAUUUAACAGCCAGUGAUGUGAUGAAUCGGGUAAACCUGGGAUAUUUGCAAGAUGAGAUGAACGACCACCAGAACACCCUGUCCUACGUGCUGAUCAACCCUCCCCCGGACACACGGCUGGAGCUCAACGACAUCGUGUACCUGAUCCGCUCCGACCCCCUGGCCCACGUCGCCAACGACGGCCACAGCCGCAAGAGCAGCUGCAGCAACAAGCUGGGCUCGGGCAACCCCGAAACGCGCGACGAGACCCAGCUGUGAGCGGCGGGUGAGCCCCGCGUCCCUGCGGGCCAACCCUGCAUCCCUGCGGGCCCAGGCUCCGUGACACGCGGGGACGGCGAGCGCGCGGUGCCCCGGGGAAAGGCGGUGCCAGCCCGGAGGGAUGCCCGGAGCUCCAGUGCCAGCCCGGAGCCCUGUGCCAGCCCGGAGCCCCGGGUGGGAUGCACCCACAGCCGGUGGCCGUGAGCCCCGGGGAUUUUAACUUUUUUUACCGAUACCGCAACUAGUGAGGAAGCGUUCGCUGGUGCUGGUGGGACGCGGCGGAGCCCGGACGCCGAUGGCCCUGGGGGAGCAGGGCUGGGGCUGGGGCAGCUUGGUGGCACUGAUGGGGCUGCUGAUGAUGUAGAACUGCACCAAGACCCUGCUCCUCCUCCAGGUGUCCCCCAGGGUACCCAAACUUCUGCUCUUUCACCCAACUCGUGCUCUUCGUCCUCUGGUGAUGGAGGGGAUGGAGGUGCCGCUCCUGGCAUCUCACAAACCAAAACCUGCCAAGCCCAGGGGAUGAAAGCCGUGCCAGCUCUGUGCUGGUGCCUCUGAGCCCCUGGGUUUGUGUCCCCCUGUGCUGCUGCUGGGGCUGAGCUGCCUGAGGGAGCUGGGGAUGCUCGUCCUGGGGUGGAUGGGCUGGGCUGGCCAGGCUCUGCUGGUUUGGUGUCUCCCCUCGGCCUUUUCUCCUCCAGCCAGGCCAGUCCGGGCUCCAACCCGUCCGUCUGUCCUGGCUGGAGCUCCUGUCCUUCCCCUGCCUGUGCUCACAGCUCAGUGACACCGUUAAGGCAGCAGGUUCUGCCUGUCCUGUCCCCUCAUCCACCACAGCCCCUGGCAGCUCCAGCCCCCCUGUCCCCCUCUGUCCCCUCUGUCCCCCCCUGUCCCUCCUGUCCCCUCUGUCCCCCCGACCCACAGGGACCUGGCACCACCCCAGAUGUGUUUCUCAUCUGCUGCUGAACAUUCUACAACAUCCAUGUGGAAAGGGUUUAUUUGACUGCCAAGUGAAUAACUGAGUUGUUAACUUUCUAUACUUUUAUGUUCAUCUCUUACAAUUCCAAUGUGAUUUUUUUUUUUUUUAGCAAGGAGCUUGUAAAGCACAACAUGGCCAUGAAAUCCCAUCAGCUUCCUGCACUCGCUGCCAGCUGAAUGGUUUAUUGCCAUUAACAUUCACUGUUUGCUCCCCAGUGUACCCCUAAUCAAUGUUUACAAAGAAAACUAAAAAAGAAAACAAGCCAAAACCUGUUUAAAAUGAGUUUUCAAGAGCUGGGAGAUGCCCCAGCCCGUGGGGAUGUGCUGCCCAUGGCCCUGAGGGAGAGCAGAGAUGCCCAGGGCAGGACCAGUGCCCAGGCUGGUAUCACGUCUAGAGGGUGUUGAGAGGGACCUGCUGUGCCUGGAUGAGGUUUGGGGUCCAUUUUUAUUUUUUUUUUAUUGUUGUUUUUUUCCUGAAGUGCCAGGCAGGAGCCCCUGAGUGGUGACACAUCCCAGGCUUGGUGGGGUACCACAGGUAAAAGCAAUGAGUGCAGCCCUGCCACCCCACUGGGCACAAACAGAACUGGCUUUAAAGGGUUUUGAUGUUAUUUAAAGCUUUUUGGGGUUAUUUUGAUGGAAUUUGAAUGAUUACUUUUGUAUCUGUUUGGUUAAGGCAGGCACAAGUUUUAUUUAUUUGUUGGUAGUAGCUUCACAUGCCAAACCUGUCAUUUUAAAAUGACAAAAAGAAGUUGGAGGUUAAAAAGUGGCUGUGGUUGGAGUACAAAAGGACUCGUGGCUCUGUGUUAACUUGCAGCCUGAGGAUGCUCAGGCCAUGCAGUGUUAAUGUAUUUAAGUGUGUGCAUUUAAUAUGGAUUGUUUUCCAAACCCCACUUUGCUUUCAAGGGAGAGUGGAACAAAGUAUUAUGACUGGUUUAAAAAAAAAAAACAACA